AUGGAAAAUUCGAAGAAGAAGAAAAGCUUCAAAGAAAGUGAAGAUGCAGAGCUGAGAAGAGGACCUUGGACUCUAGAGGAAGACACUCUUCUCACUAAUUACAUUCUCCAUAACGGUGAAGGCCGUUGGAAUCUCGUCGCCAAAUGUGCUGGGCUAAAGAGAACCGGAAAAAGUUGUAGAUUGAGAUGGUUAAAUUACUUGAAACCUGACAUAAGACGAGGGAAUCUAACUCCUCAAGAACAGCUUUUGAUCCUCGAGCUCCAUUCUAAAUGGGGUAAUAGGUGGUCCAAGAUUGCACAGUACUUGCCAGGAAGAACAGACAACGAGAUCAAGAACUAUUGGAGAACAAGAGUUCAGAAACAAGCUCGACAGCUCAACAUCGAAUCCAACAGCGACAAGUUCUUUGACGCUGUUCGUAGCUUCUGGGUCCCUAGAUUGAUCGAGAAGAUGGAGCAAAACUCAUCCACUACUAAUUAUUCUUGUCCCCAAAACAACAACAAUAACAACUCUCUUCCUCUUCCUUCUCAGUCUCAUGAUGACUCCAUGAGUAUACUAAACCAUACAGAUUUUUCGGGUCAGAGCACCAUGGAUGGUUCUACUUCAAGUUCCACUUUCAUGACUGAUCUCACUACAGUUCCACACUUUAUGGAUCACAACAACACCAUCGAUGAUAGUUUGAUGUGUUUCCGUGACGGAGAUGAUCAAGAACUCGGAGGAUAUAUCCCUGGCAUGGAGGAAUAUUACAUGGGAAAUUCAGACGUGUUAAUGGAAUGCCACGUGGAGGAAGCGUACGAGGAUGUAACACAAGAUCCCAUGUGGAACAUGGAUGACAUUUGGCAGUUUAGGGAGUAA